AUGUCUUCAUUUGACCCUAUCUCAGACAUACCUUCUUUAACAGGAAAAGUGAUUUUGAUCACUGGCGGAAAUGCAGGCAUUGGCAAACAGACAACGAUUUCCCUCGCCAAACACAACCCAUCCAAGAUAUUCCUUGCAUGUCGGGAUAAAUUUAGAGCUUGGCAAGCUAUAGAGGAAAUCCAGAAGCAAGUCCCAGGCGCCCAACUGGAAUUCCUUGCUCAUGACCUAUCUUCCUUAUCAUCCGUCCACAAAGCAGCAACCGAGUUUCAGUCCAAAAGUGAUCGUCUUGAUAUCCUCAUUAACAACGCCGGCGUCAUGGCUCUUCCCCCCGGAAAAACUCAAGACGAUUUCGAAAUUCAACUUGGUAUCAAUCAUUUAGGACAUUUCUUCUUGACCAGUCUUCUGCUGCAAACCCUCCAAGCUACAACUGCACGAUCAAAAUCACCAAAGGAUGUCCGCGUCGUGAAUGUUUCAUCUGUCGCAUAUAGCUCCUGUCCAUCCGAUGGGAUUCAUUUCAAAAAUCUCAACGUGGGACAUAAGCCAUGGGAUAAUUGGAUGCGAUACGGUCAAAGCAAGCUCGCUAACGUUCUCUUCACAUGA